AUGGGGUGCAGUGUUGGCUACGCGCUUCACAGCAAGUCGUCCGGCGACGAUCACAGUACUGCAAGGAUAAGCUUAGCGGAGUGGGAGGGUAGCGACUACGACGGCGUUACAAAAGACCUCGACCUCCACCGAUCCAACGGGGGUGGGAUGCAGUCUUCUGGGAAGUGCCUGCAUCCGGGCUGCUCCAAGAGACCGACGUACGGCGUCGAAGCAAGCCGAAAGAGAGAGUGCUGCAGCCAGCAUGCUCGGCCAUGGAUGGUUAAUAUUGAUCUCACGAGGUGCGCCAAGGACAAGUGCGAGACUCGCGCCACCUUCGGCGAACCGGGGAGCGGUCGGCGUCAGUUCUGCAGCAAGCACGCUCCCAAAGGCAUGCUCAACUUGGAGCGCAAGAAGUGCUCGGCAGACGACUGUCUGAUGCCGCCGACGUACUGGCACGAGGGGAACCGGAAGCGGAGGUUCUGCAGCAAGCACGCGGAGGACGGCAUGGUCAAGUUGGACAAAAAGCUGUGUCCGGUUAAUGGCUGCUUUACGUCGGCGUCCUACGGGGUCAUGGGGAAGAAGAGAAAGUUCUGUGCCGUGCACGCUGAGCGAGGCAUGGUAUCCAUCGGGGGAAGGCGGUGUGCGAAGGGAGACUGCGGCAAGCGCGCGAACUACGGGGUCGCUGGGACCAACAAGCGGGAGUUCUGCGCCACUCACGCGGAGACCGGGAUGGUGAACAUCAACAACCAGAAGAGAGGCUCGGUUCAGAGAAAAAAGCCCAGCGCCGGGCCACACGAUGAUGUUGAAGAGGAGAGCGACGAGAAGCCGGCCGUGCGCGGCGACGGUCGGCGAGCCAGUGAUCCUUCCGUCUUGGGCGAAGAAGAAGGAGGGGGAGUGGGAACGAGUUUUGCUCGUAGCGCCGAGGAGAAUGGACCGACGGGUGGUCGAGCUGGGAGUGGCAACCGCUGGCCAUGA